AUGAAGAGAGCUAAUGAUGGCAGUGACAGUGACAAAGGCUCUGUCUCCAGUAUGAGCACCUCAGAUGCAAAGCUGCCAAAGCUAGAGCUUCCCAAAUAUGAUGGUGAUCUGACCCAAUGGCAGUCAUUUUGGGAUAGAUUUACAGCCUCAAUAGACAGGACUGACAUACCUGUUAUUACUAAGUUCACUUAUUUACAAUCAGUGUUACAAGGAAAAGCAUUGUCUGCCAUCCGAGGAGUAACACUCACUGUUCCAAAUUACAAGGUUGCAUGUGAUAUAUUGAAGAACAGAUUUGGCCGACCUCAAAUAAUCAUAAAUGCACAUAUUCAUGCACUAAUGAAUAUCUCUGUAGCUCCUAAAAUAAGAGGAGCAAAUUAUGUUGAAUCGCUGUGGAAUCUUCUAGACCAGCUCCAUUGGCAUGUAAGAAGUUUGGAGAGCUUUGGCAUUAAUAAUAAACAAUUUGGCGUGGUGUUAACUCCAUUGGUCUUGGGUCGUCUGCCUCAAGAGAUAAGAUUGGAAUGCAAGAAACACAAGUCUGAGAAGUGCUGGGAUAUCCUGAAGCUCCCUUUGAAGGAACGUGAAGAAAAAAUCAAAGCUGCCCAUUUGUGUUUCAAGUGUUUGAGUAAGGGGCAUAUUUCCAGUGGUUGUCAAAGCAAGUGUUCUAAGUGUAAUGGCAAUCAUAAUUUUCUUCUGUGUAGAUCAAAGGGUGCAGGAAGCACAGAAAAGGCUAUGGAAAAAAGUGUGAGUGAUCAGAAGGUUAGUGAUAUUGUAGAACCUUCUGAAAAUUGCAGUCCCCAAGUGAAUCAUGUUGGUGUGACUCUUAGCAAGUGUAAUGUGUUGACGAAGACUAGCUGUGUGCUACAGACAGCUAGAGUUAAAGUGUUUGGCGAGUCAGGUGCUUGUUGUGAAGCCACCUUGUUGUUUGAUACAGGCUCUGAUAGAUCUUAUGUGUCCAGUAAUCUUGUGAAGAAAGUUAAGCCCAAGGGUUUACAUGGUGCAAAACAUUUAAUGGCUUUAGAGAUUCCAAAGGUUUGUGCACCAUUGACUAGACCCUGUAUUCCUAGUAAUUUGGUUGAUGCAUUUUCUGAUUUUCAACUUGCUGAUGAUUACAAGAAUAAUAGUCACCUGAAUAUAGAUAUACUUGUAGGUUUGGAUGCUUAUUGGGGAUUUAUGUAUCCUGAAAUUAAGCCACAUCAGAGUAAUGGAUUAGUAGCCCAAAAGUCUGUAUUUGGUUGGGUGUUAUCUGGUUCAUGGAAGGUUCCUACUAUCAGCAACUGUGAGUCUACACAAAUGUUGUGUAUAGGAAAUGUGACAGAUUCUGAUUUACGUGAGUUUUGGGAUUUAGAAUCUGUUGGCAUAACUCAAAAGGAAGCUGUUCCUAGCCCAUUUACCUCAGACCCUGUUUUGAAGCAAUUUUGUGAAAAUGUUAAGUUUGAUGAGGGACGCUAUGAAGUAGGCUUACCUUGGAAGUCAGAUGACUGCAAGAAGAAUCUUAUGAAUAAUGAGGGAAUUGCUAGGAAAAGGUUGCAAGGAUUAGGGCGUAAGUUAGAUAAGGACCCAGAGCUUCAGAAACAAUAUUCUAACGUGUUUACUGAUUAUGAACAAGAGGGAAUAAUUGAAGAAGUCCCUUCAAGUGAAGUUGUAAGUUCUCAGCCUACAUAUUAUAUGCCUCAUCGUCCAGUUGUCAAAGAGAGUAGUUCUUCAACUAAGGUCAGACCAGUUUUUGAUGCUUCUGCAACUAGUUAUAAUGGCACUUCUUUAAAUGAUUGUCUUGAGUCUGAUUUGUGUUCGGCCAGAAGACCGAGAUGUUCAUCGCUUUUUGUGGGCAAAGGACUGCUGAGGUUUGUUCGUGUUCCCUUUGGUAACACAAGUAGCCCAUUUUUGCUAAAUGCCACCAUUAAAUACCACUUACAGUCUUAUCCUGAUACUGAAGUAGUAAAAGAGUUAAAGGAAAACCUUUACGUAGAUGAUUGGCUGUCAGGGGCGGACACUGCUGAGGAAGCUUGUGAGAAGUUUAAAGAAGCUCAAAGUAUUUUGGCUGAAGCUGGGUUCCCUCUUUCUAAAUGGCACUCAAAUUGUAAGUUGUUUGCCACAAAGUUUAAUGAUAAAAUUGAUCAUAGUGAUGAACAUGAAUCCACAAAGGUUUUAGGUAUGAAAUGGUUAUCCUUGUCAGAUCAGUUUGUUUUUGAAGGUAUUGAUUUAGACCUGGAGACACAUUUGGUGUCAACCAAAAGAGCAAUUCUUAGUCUCAUAGCCAGGCUUUUUGACCCACUUGGUUUGAUUAGUCCCUUUGUCAUGUAUGCUAAAAUCCUCUUUCAAGACAUAUGGAGACUUGGGCUUGAUUGGGAUGAGUUACUACCUAAAGAGGUGCAAAAUAAGUUUCAGAAUUGGGUUAAGAGCAUUGCUGCUCUAAAAUAUUGGAAGAUUAAUCGUUGCUAUUUCCCAGAAAUGCCCUGGAAAGAGUUGUCUGGUUUAGAACUCCAUGCCUUUGGUGAUGCUUCAGAGAAAGGGUAUGGAGCUUGCGUGUACUUGAGAGUUCCUCUUGUGGAUGGAACAUACCAGGUGUCAUUAGUGGUAGCAAGGUCAAGGGUAGCACCUAUAAGAGGAUGGAAGGUGUUUGUGUCAAAUAGAGUUGUUGAAAUUCAGAGUCUUACCUCCCCAUGCCACUGGUACCAUUGCCCAGGUAAAGAAAAUCCUGCUGAUCUUGUGUCUAGAGGGGAGUUAGCCGAACCCCUUGUUAAUUCUACUUUUGGAUAA